AUGGCGCCUCCACUGCCGCUCAAAUUUGCCUUCUGUGCCAUCCUCACUCUGGCUCUCUUGAGAACGACCUCAGCACAAGAUUUGAUUGUAUUCGGUGAUUCCCACAGUCGCACACGGAAUGCGAAAAAGAAAGAAAUACUUGAGGAAAAACAAGGAGUUUCAGUAAAAGUCCUGUCUCGGUGUAUUGGUGUCAGUGGUGAGAAGGUGCCUGGCUCCUCGGCAGAAGAUUCAGAAGAGGAACGAGCAGAUAAAUCGGCGAUUGAACUGCCCACUUUGGCGAGGCUGCGAUCCAGCGUCAGCGCCGCGAAUGGCAAAACAGCGCCAGUGUAUUGUUGCGACUCACCUCGUCCACGCACACAGAUUUUCGUCCAACUGGCCACUCAGCUCAAACCGGCCCCAACGCACUUGACAUUGCGACUGACUCCACCACCAGAUGGUUCGGCCACUUUUCACACUGCAACUGUGAAUGAGGCUAAAUUCUCGCCCAGUCAAUCAAAAGUAAUUAGUUUCACCCCAUUUCUCGCCCGCAGCUCCUUUAAUCUCCAGAGGCGCUACACUUCCAUCAUCCCACCAACUAGUUUUCCCAUAACAGGACUUUAUUUAUAUCCGCCAAAGUCAUUCAAGUGCGAGGGUGAGGGAUUCCACCCAGACCCCGACGACUGUGCCGUCUUCCAUCGCUGCGUCGACAAUGGCAAUGGAGGACUAACAGACUACUCCUUCCUCUGUGGCCCGGGAACCGUCUUCUCGUCGACCAACAAUGUGUGUGUCCAUCCCAGCGAUGCUGACAACGAGAAAUGUGGUCCGGCGUCGAACUCCGUUGACCCGGAAUCCGAGCAACAGGACGCCCCAUCCUCAUCGACGACUACAACCACCACCACCACUACCACCACAACGACCUCCACCACUCCAAAGCCCAGCCACUCCCAGGAACCGACAGCUGAGCCAGAGCCAGACGCUGAGCCUGUCCCGGACACCAACGACAACGAGGGUCUCUGCAAGAGUGAUGGCUACAUCGAGCAUCCGACGGAUUGCCACAAAUUCUACCAGUGUGUAUCCAACGAGGAUGGAACUUACAGACGCUACGAAUUCACGUGUGGCGCAGGCACUGCAUGGGAUCAAAACAUUCAAGGAUGCAACCAUGAGUAUCUGGUGGAGAGUUGCGGCGGACGUGCUUCUACCACCAUGAGUGACGAAUAUUACAGUACUUCGUCCUCCAGCAUGACGUCAUCUUCCUCACAAAAUACCAGCAGCACUUCAAGUAGCUCAUCUAGCAGCUCCUCUAGCAGCUCUUCGAGUAGCUCUUCUAGCAGUUCCUCAAGCAGUUCCUCCAGCAGUUCCUCUAGCAGUUCUUCUAGCAGCAGCUCUUCCUCGUCUACUAGCCAAUCUUCUACUGAGCAAAGCAACUCUACCUCGUCAUCUUCUACUUCUGAGAGUAGUCAAUCUGGAUCAGAAUCGUCAAGUAGCAGUUCAUCAUCAGGAUCAGAACAAACCAGCAGCCAGACUUCAUCAGGAUCAGAGAGCGAACAGAGUCAAUCCUCCACAAGUUCAGGAUCUGAAAGUAGCAGUUCUACGAGUGAAUCUCAACAAUCUGGUAGUGAAUCUUCAUCCGGAUCUGAGAGCUCAUCUAGUAGUUCAUCAGGAUCUGAGAGCUCUUCUAGUAGUUCAUCUACGGAUCAAAGUAACAGUGAGACAUCGUCAAGCUCCGGCUCGGAGAGCAGUUCUUCGAAUCAAACUAGCAGUGAAACCUCGUCCGGAUCGAGCAAUCAAAGUUCUUCAACAUCAGAAGAAACAAGCAGUCAAUCGUCUUCGGGAUCAGAAAGUUCAAGUAGCUCUUCAACGGACAGCAGUCAGUCAUCUUCUGGAUCUACUUCAGAAAGUGGUUCUUCCAGUUCUAGUAAUACUACAUCUACUGGCAGUGGCCAAGAAAGCUCAGGAUCCGAUGGAUCAAGUUCAUCGGGACAGUGUGAAAGAGACGGAUUUAUGGGCGAUCCUGAGGAUUGUCGCAAGUUCUACCGCUGUGUAGACAAUGGCAAAGGCGGAUACGAUAGAUAUAAUUUCACUUGCGCUGAAGGAACUGUGUGGGAUAGCACGCAAGACACUUGCAACCACGCGUGGGCGGUCAAGGAUCCCAAGUGUGGAACAGGAUCUAAUACAGAUUCAGGAUCAGGGGGAGAAACAAGCACAUCGGCACCAGCUUCCACUUCCUCUCAGGCGCCUUCGUCAACAACUACCGCAGCUUCCUCAUCAUCAACCACCACUGCAAGUACCACCACUGCAAGCACUACCACUGCAAGUACUACCACAGCAAGUACUACCACUACUGCAUCAACUACAUCAUCUCAAGCAACACAGUCUACAACGUCCAAACCACCAUCAUCCGAUGGACAAUGCCACGAAGAAGGAUUCUACCCUGAUGAGAGUAACUGCAGAAACUUCUACAGAUGUGUAGAUGAUGGAAAUGGAGGUUACACUCGAUACAACUUUACGUGCGCUGAAGGAACUGUGUGGGAUACAGCAACAACAACCUGCAAUUACCCAUCUGAUAGUGCUCCGCCUUGCGGCACAGGAUCAUCUUCUGGAAGUUCAUCAACACCACAGCCCGAAGGAUCUUCAUCAAGUUCACAGCCUACUGAGAGUCAAACUAGUUCCACGACACCAUCUACCACCACCACAACUGGUACAUCUGAGGCAACAAAGGAGCCUGGAUCUUCAUCUGCUGCCACUGAAUCAACCACGCCUCCCUGUAAAACGGAGUCAACUACAGCCACCAGCUCACAACCGGCCGGUACGGAAUGUAAAGGCGAAGGCUUUAUGGCUGAUCCAAAAGAUUGUCACAAAUUCUAUAGAUGCGUAAGUGAUGGCCAAGGUGGAUACACGAGAUACGACUUCACAUGUGGUCAGGGAACAGCAUGGGACGAGACAGCACAGACUUGUAACCACGAAGAUUCCGUUGAACGAUGCAAUGGAGGAACAUCAAGUCCUCCAUCUUCAUCUUCGUCAGCUCCACCAUCAAGCACGACCACAUCUAGUAGUUCUGCGGCACCGUCUGAAAGUACUACAUCGGCCCCACCAAGUUCCACUACGACAACACAGUCGUCCUCCAGUGCUCCACCUCAGACCACAAGCACACAGCAACAAACAACAACCAGCAGUAGCACAACGAGUGCACCACCUUCUUCAUCCUCUACAACAUCCUCUCCUUCGACUGGAACAUGCGAAAGGGAAGGAUUCUUCGGAGAUCCUAAUGAUUGCCACAAGUUCUACCGAUGCGUUGAUGACGGAAAUGGUGGAUAUACAAAACAUGACUUUGUGUGUGGAGAAGGAACUGCAUGGGACGAUCAACUGCAAACAUGUAAUCAUGAGAAAGAUGUCCCAACCUGUCAAAAUCAAUCAGGAUCAUCGUCAGCUCCACCAAGCACAACUACAUCAUCAUCUUCCAGUACGGAAUCCACACCAACCAGCAGUUCGUCGUCAUCAGCACCUCCAGAAAGUACUACAACAACAGCCUCAACCACAUCUAGUACCACAACAGCCUCAACUACAUCUAGUACCACAACAACACAGUCAUCAACAACUACUUCCUCGACUACAACAAGUUCUUCAUCAAGUACUGAAUCAACAACACAAUCUUCAUCGGAACCACCAUGUGGAAAUGCAACAAGCGAGAUUAAGUGCGAAACAGCCGGUUUCUUCCCGAAUCCUGAUGACUGUAAGAAAUUCUAUCGAUGCGUUGAUUGGGAGAACAACGGAGAGAAAUUCUCGUUAUAUCACUUUGAGUGUGGAGAAGGCACUAUUUGGGAUCCGGCCUUACAGACUUGCAAUUAUCCAGAGAGUGUUCAACCGCCGAGAAACUGCAAAACACCACCGCCUGCAGAAAAUCAAGUCACCGAUAGUACGACUGAAUCCACUACGACAUCUUCUUCCGAGCAAACUACAACGGAACAGUCAACUACGACAGAACAGUCAACUACAACGGAGGAAUCGACAACAACAGAACAAUCCACUACAACAGAACAAUCCACCACAACUGAAGAAUCAACAACUACAGAGCAAUCAACAACCACAGAACAAUCCACUACGACUGAAGAAUCAACAACUACAGAGCAAACUACUACAACCGAGCAGUCAACAACAACCGAAGCAACGACUGAUGAAACAACAACGACAGAACAAUCAACAACCACAGAGCAAUCGACAACUACAGAGGAAUCAACCACAACAGAACAAUCUACAACAACUGAAGAAUCAACGACUACUGAGCAAUCCACCACAACGGAACAAUCAACCACAACUGAAGAAUCAACGACUACAGAGCAAUCUACAACAACCGAGCAAUCCACCACUACUGAAGAAACAACGACUACAGAGCAAUCAACCACAACAGACGAAACAACAACAACUGAGCAAUCCACCACAACUGAAGAAUCAACGACAACUGAGCAAUCAACGACAACAGAUGAAACAACUACAACGGAGCAAUCCACAACAACUGAUGAAUCAACGACUACAGAGCAAUCAACGACAACCGAUGAAACAACUACAACGGAGCAAUCCACAACAACUGAUGAAUCAACGACUACAGAGCAAUCAACUACAACCGAUGAAACAACUACAGAGCAAUCCACUACGACAGAUGAAACAACAACUGAAAGUACCACAGAGUCACCACAGGAUUCAUCAUGCCCACCAUUGGAAAGUGGACAGGCGUACUUUGUAUGCCCCACAGGAUUCAGGCGUCACCCAGAGAACUGUAACGAUUUCUAUCAAUGCACUCAACAAGAGGGAAGCAAGGACUACAACAUAGCAGUGUUUAGUUGUCCAAAUGGAACUGUAUACGAUGAAGAGGAGACUCAGUGCUUGCCUCCAGAUCAGACAACUCCAUGCCAAUCGUCACCGUCAGAGAGAUCUUUGCGUGGACUCGCCACGAAGCGAUCAUCGAUUCAGCUCAAGCGAGCAAAGAAACUGUGCCCCAACGAAGGCUUCUUUGCCUUUGAGGAUGCCGCAUGCAGUAACUACUUCGUUAAGUGUGGUCGAAUGGGGAGGGACACGAAGCUCGAGGGAACGCUGUACAGGUGCCCGAAGGGAUACGCCUAUUGGCACGUGAGCAGACGUUGUGAGAAGCCCGCCAGGAUUCCCAAUUGUCGAAUCAACACAUUCGAUGACCGCAACAGAAUUCCUGUGGAGUGGAUCAACCUUGGACGAGGUCGAAGCCUGCGAAUAUAGAUAAGAGAAGAUUUCCUAGCGAGAUAGGCCAUUAGGUAGUUUCGUCAAUUUCAAGUCAGGACGUUGUGGCUAGAGCCACGCGAAUUAAUUGUUAAGUAUCAACGACCACUUUGAACUGAUUUACUAUUAUCAACUAUAUCUGCUAAAAUGAAAAUGAAAAGCUCUUGUUCCGUUCGAGAUCACCUCGUUCGUGGAAGCUCUCGAGCGCUGAACUUGGCCUUUUUUGGGACAACUUCCGGUGUUGGGGUAUUUAUAAUGUGUAUUUACGUGCUCAUCGACUUUCAUUUUAUUGAGACUCUUUCUGAUCCAUUCGAUCCCGAGUAUUUUUCACAAGAAUUCAGCGAAAGUCGUGCUGCAAUUUUAAGGUACUCACUAGGUUAGUUAAUCAAACGAAAGUCGCCAUAAUGAGAAAAUAAAAUCGAUCAAUUGACAGUGUAAUGUAAAUAGUGUGAAUGUGCAUUUAUAAGAAAAGAAAUGCAAAUAAAAA